AUGAGUGCGACCGAUGGUGGAGGUGCCGAGCUGAGGCGAAGGUUACUGGCGGAAGGUGAUGCCAGUCAGCAACAGCAGGAAAGCCCUAAACAACAGGAACAGCAACCACCACCGGAGUGUGCUACGACGGAAAACUCCGACCAUGUGGACUCGGAAACCGAAACAGAGGAACGCUUGCCGGAGGAAAAGUACGUGGAUGAGAUGGCCAAAAACCUUCCCCAGGGAACGAACAAAAUGCCCGAGGUUUUGGGCCAAGCGUUGAGCGGACUGCCGGAUAGAUGGAAGAACUGGGUGAUACGUGGCAUCUUCACGAUGAUUAUGAUCAGUGGCUUUUGUUUGAUCAUCUACGGCGGACCGUUAGCGCUGAUGGUUACGGCUCUUGCUGUGCAGGUGAAAUGCUUCCAGGAGAUUAUUUCGAUUGGCUACUCCGUGUACCGUAUUCAUGGAUUGCCAUGGUUCCGCAGCUUGUCCUGGUACUUCCUGCUCACGUCCAACUACUUCUUCUACGGGGAAAAUCUGGUCGAUUACUUUGGAGUUGCGGUUAGCCGUGUGGACUCGCUGCGUUUUCUAGUAAAAUAUCAUCGCUUCCUAUCGUUCUGCUUGUACUGCAUCGGGUUCGUUUGGUUUGUGCUGUCGCUCGUCAAGAAGUACUACAUGAAACAGUUCAGCCUGUUCGCCUGGACACACGUGGCGCUGCUGAUUGUGGUGACGCAGAGCUACCUGAUCAUACAGAACAUAUUCGAAGGAUUGAUUUGGUUUAUCGUGCCGGUUUCGAUGAUUGUCUGCAACGAUGUGAUGGCGUACAUGUUUGGGUUCUUCUUCGGCCGCACACCGCUGAUUCAGCUCAGCCCGAAGAAAACUUGGGAAGGGUUCAUUGGUGGUGGCUUUGCGACCGUGAUAUUCGGGCUGGUGGCAUCGUACUUCCUGUGCCAGUUCCAGUUCUUUGUCUGCCCGAUCGAGUACUCGGAAGCGGAGGGACGUAUGAUUAUCCAAUGUGAACCGAGCUAUCUGUUCCGACCGCAGGAGUAUAGCAUCGCAUUGUUUGGCGCAAGCAAAACCAUCACGAUGUAUCCGUUCCUGCUCCACUCGCUCUCGAUGAGCAUCUUUAGCUCGGUCAUUGGACCGUUCGGUGGCUUCUUCGCGUCCGGAUUUAAGCGCGCGUUUAAGAUUAAGGACUUUGGAGAUAUGAUUCCCGGACAUGGUGGCAUUAUGGAUCGUUUCGACUGUCAAUUCUUGAUGGCCACGUUUGUGAACGUUUAUAUAUCCAGCUUUAUUCGCUAUGCUUCCCCACAGAAGUUGUUAAACAUGGUGUAUAAUCUAAAGCCAGAAGAGCAGCUGCAACUAUUCAAUCAGCUGAAGGACAGCCUGGAGGAGCGCAAUAUCAUCAAUUUAAAUUAAGUUCCCGGACGAGCGUGAACCAAGUUACCCGUUGUCGCUGUUAU